AUGGACAGGAAUGGAUUCGACGACUCUGAGGAAGAAGAAUGGUGGAAGGAAGAUAAGCGUGAAGACCUGGAUCGUGAACGGGACAUUGAAGAGCACGAGUACAUCACCUCCGGUGAUACGCCACAAACGGUGAAAAUUCGGCUCUUUUUGACCAAUGAGUACGAUGAGGAAAUGGGCGAAUCUAGAUGGAUGACAAAUUUUGUCGCUGAAUGCACCUGCGACGGCGUCGUUGUCGCCACUGCUUUGGCUCGGUAUAUUAGUCGAGAGGGCAUCCGCUCCGAAUUCUGGGAAAAGAUGGAAGAGCCCAGCGAGGAAACAUGCGAUGUGGCUUUCCAUGUCUUUGAUCGAUAUGGAACAGUCAGGGCCAAGUACAAGGACCAUCCAGUGCAAAGAGGAACUGGAGUAUGGGGAAAUGAGCUUGACCAUGGCCCUCUUUUCCUGAUCGAAAGACUUCAUGUCACAGAACCGAAUCUGCGCCGGAAAGGUCUGGGGCAGAAAACAGUGUCUUUACUUCUGAACAAAGCCCGGCUGUUCUGCCUAAACAACAAGCCAGAUGGCAAAUAUGCGGAUCGUUCCUACGGUUCUCAUAAGGCUUUUGAGCUAGCAUGGACUCUGCAUGCUCUAUUAGUGGGCAAGUCUGCAGAAGAACGCUUGGCGAUACGGACUCGAAUUCGUUCCAGUGCUAUUCACUUUUGGCGAUCGUGUGGGUUUCGCCGAAUCGGAGCAUCCCGGUGUUUCGCAUUUUCGUUUGACCUCCAGCAUCAGUCUCGCGCCAUUGCGGCGGCUUCUGAUUUCGACCCGCGUAUAAGCCAUGCUGAAGAUCUUGAGAACGAAGAACUCGAAGUCAUCUACGAAGCAGAUCGAUUUUCUGGGGCAAAGAAAAAGAAAAUGGAGAAAAUGGAAAGACUUCGUGACGCGUUGCCGCUGCAUCAUGCAGCCCUUACUCUGAUGGACGAAGAGCUCAAAACUUUUUUCGCCACUCAUGCGGACGACGAGAUUGGCUGGGACCGAGUUACGAACUCUGAAGCUACGCUUCUACAUAUAACAGCUUGCGAGCUCAAGCCCCUGAGUACACAGUGGCUACUCGACAAUGUCCACAACGCCAACCGCUGGAAGACGGCCCGUAAUAUUGACGGGUACACUCCGCUCGAAGCGUUACAUGAGACUUUAGAGACAAUACGCACGCGAAAGGAGUACGGCUUACUCCGGAUCUUGCACAUAUCAGACUGUUUUGAAGGGUACCCUGACGCCGCAGUGUUCUGUCUCUCGUUGCUGAUUGGGAAGGAAGUUUUGGGGUUGAAUAGAGCACACCUCCGCUACGGAUGUACAUGCGGAGGGUGUGUUGGAGGAUUCCUAUCCCCCCGAAUGAGGUUCUCUUUGAUCAUUCAAGGCGAGGUUACGUUUGACCUUGCGCCGUAUAGAAUUGAUGAUGGCGGCUUAUGGAUAAUGUUUCACGGAUUCAGGCUCGAGCAUCUCGAUCUCGAGGUGCGAGAGAACCUCAAAACCAACAAGUCUCUACGAAAAGGCUUUGUGAAUAUGUUCCAAAUUGCCGUGGAGUGUCUUAAGGCGGGAAAAGUUCCCACCGCACAGAAUCUCGAAUGGUUCCGUGACAACCAGAGCGAGUGGCCACCUCAUACCAAGAACUACCUGCGACGCGCUGGAUGA